AUCUCCCAGAGAUCUCCAUCUCAAUGCCAAGACCCAGCUCCACUCAACGACCAGAAAGGACCAGUCCUUUCCGGAGCGUGAAAAUGGUUUUCAGGUUGGAAUGAGAUUAGAAGGCAUUGACCCCCGUCAUCCAUCUGUGUUUUGUGUGCUUUCUGUAGCUGAGGUGUGUGGUUACCGUCUCAGACUUCAUUUUGACGGUUAUUUAAGCUGCUAUGAUUUUUGGACUAAUGCUGGUUCCCCUGACAUUCAUCCAGUAGGGUGGUGUGAAAAGACCAAACAUGAAUUACACAUCCCUAAGGGUUAUAGAAAAGAUAAAUUUGUUUGGAUGGAUUACUUGAAGGCCUGCAAAUUGCAAAAUGCUCCCAAGAAAUUAUUCAGAAACAGAAAUUCUAAUGGGCCAGUGCCUAAGGAAUUUCAGGUUGGAAUGAAGCUGGAGGCUGUCGACAGGAAGAACCCUUCCUUGGUAUGUGUGGCAACCGUAGCAGAUAUUGUUGGAGAUCGCUUGCUAGUGCAUUUUGACGAUUGGGAUGAUAGUUACGAUUACUGGUGUGACGUCAAUAGUCCUUAUGUUCAGCCAGUUGGUUGGUGUCAGGAGCAUGGAAGAACUCUGAUAGCACCCCAAGGUUAUCCUGAGCCAGAAAAAUUUUCCUGGACAGAAUAUCUGGAAGCUACUCGAACUAAUGCAGUACCUGCCAGAGUUUUUAAAAUGCGGUUGCCCCACGGUUUUCUCCCGAAUAUGAAACUUGAAGUCGUGGAUAAACGAAACCCCAGGUUAAUUCGUGUUGCUACGAUUAUAGAUGUUGAUGACCAAAGAAUAAAGGUCCAUUUUGAUGGCUGGGACCACAAAUAUGACUACUGGAUGGAUACAGACAGCCCUGACAUUCACCCAGUCGGAUGGUGUGACGUCACAGGUCAUCCCCUGGAAGUGCCGCAUUGGGCAAAUGAUGUGAAAAUCCUUCCAGGUCAAGCUGUUUGUCCCACUCCAGGGUGCCGAGGGAUAGGCCAUAUCCGUGGUCCACGGUAUUCAGGACAUCACAGUGCCUUUGGCUGCCCGUAUUCGGACAUGAACUUGAAAAAGGAGGCAACACUUCACGAUCGUCUGCGAGAACAAACACAGGCAAACGUGGACUCAGACUCUGCACAUUCAAAAUCGAAAAACCUCUGUAGUUUGAACUUCAAUGGAAAACAUGAAAAGGUGAAGAGCCAGUCCAGACUUGUACAGCAGGCAAAGUGUUUGAAAAUCAAAGGAAAAGAAGAUAUUGACUUGGAUAUUCUCUUCAGAGAGCACUUGGCCGCGCGGACGCAGCAGGCCCUGCACCAGUCGGUCUUCAUGUCGUCCUCGUCCGCCCAGCCUUUCCGGGACCUUCCCCUGGGCCGCAAACAGCACCUCAAGCUGCUCCCCGGCGUGGCCGACGUGCAGGCUGGCAAGGUGGCCCGGUGGACGGUGGAUGAGGUGGCUGAGUUCGUACAGUCUCUGCUGGGCUGCGAAGAGCAUGCCAAGUGCUUCAAGAAAGAGCAGAUUGAUGGCAAAGCCUUCCUGCUCCUGACACAGAAGGACAUUGUCCAGGUGAUGAAGAUCAAACUGGGUCCAGCCCUGAAGAUUUAUAACUCCAUCCUCAUGUUCAGAAGCUCCCAGGACCUCGCCGGGGAAGGUGCUGUCUCGGGCCAGGAAGGCAGGGGGAAAGCCUGCACCUGAUGGGCUGCGGCCACCACGCCUUGUUCUCUCAGCAGGAGCGCCAGCCACAUGAACUUGAUUUCGGUGUGCCCGUGGUCACGUCCAGGUGAUCUGGACCUUGUAAAGUGGCUGCGGUUUUUAUGUCUGCAGGGUUUGCUGGCUGGUCCGGCACCAGUGACGCAGAGGCCCAGGCACAUGCAGGCUUCUGACCGGCCUAAUCUCGGCUCUGACGUGCUGCAGCGACCAGACCAGAGCAGCCCGCGCGCACCUUUAUCCUUCUCCCUCGCCCUGGAGGAGGUCACUUCCCAUUUGCAAGGAUGCAACUCUCCAGUGGUAGAGUAUCAGGAAAA